GCCGCCGCCGCCGCCGCCGCCCGGGACGCGGAGGACCCUCGGUCUCGCCCACGCUCGCAUGGGGGCGGCGCCGAGCCUCCCCGGGGGCCGCUCCGGGCCCCGCGCGCACAGACUCGCCACCAUGGACGCUCUGUCGGAAGCAAACGGCACCUUUGCCUUGACCCUUUUGAAACAUCUGGGUGAAGACAACUCGAAAAAUGUGUUUAUCUCACCCAUAAGCAUCUCCUCUGCCCUGGCCAUGGUCUUCAUGGGGGCAAAGGGAAACACCGCGGCCCAGAUGUCCCAGGCACUUUCUCUAAGCAGAAGCAGCGGCGGAGGUGGAGACAUCCACCAGGAUUUCCAGAACCUUCUCACCGAAGUUAACAGGACCGGCACACAGUACUUGCUCAGAACUGCCAACAAGCUCUUUGGAGAGAAGACUUAUGAUUUCCUCCCAUCUUUCAAAGAUUCCUGCCGCAAAUUCUACCAAGCAGAGAUGGAAGAGCUCGACUUUAUCAGCGCUGCGGAGGAAUCCAGGAAACACAUAAACACCUGGGUAGCCCAAAGGACAGAAGGAAAAAUUAUAGACCUGCUGUCUCCAGAUUCAGUGGACUCUGUGACUUGUCUGGUUCUCGUGAACGCCAUCUACUUCAAAGGAAACUGGGAGAAUCAGUUUAACAAACAGCACACCAAGGAAAGGCCGUUCAAAGUCAGCAAGAAUGUGGAGAAGCCUGUGCAAAUGAUGUUUAAGAAAUCCACCUUUAAAAUAACCUACAUCGGAGAGAUAUUCACGCAGAUUCUGGUGCUUCCCUACGUCGGCGGAGAGCUCAAUAUGAUCAUCAUGCUUCCUGAUGGAAAGACCGAUUUGAAAACGGUGGAAAAGGAACUGACUUACGAGAAAUUCGUCGAGUGGACGAGGCCGGACCUGAUGGAGGAGGAGGAGGUGGAGGUGUCCCUGCCCAAGUUUAAGCUGGGGGAGAGCUACGACAUGGAGGGCGUCCUCCGCACCCUGGGCGUGACCGAUGCCUUCGAGAACGCCAGGGCGGACUUCUCCGCGAUGUCGUCCCGGGGGGACCUGUGCCUGUCCCGGGUCGCGCACAAGGCCUUUGUGGAGGUCGACGAGGAGGGCACGGAGGCGGCCGCCGCCUCCGCCGCAGUCCUGAUGUUGCGCUGCGCCAGGAUCACCCCCAGGUUCUGUGCCGACCACCCUUUCCUCUUCUUUAUCCAGCACAGCAAGACCCAAGCACUUCUGUUCUGCGGCCGGCUCAGCUCCCCGUGAGGAGGCGGCGGCCGCAGGCAGCCCCGCUGGGUCCUGCUGGCCCGCUUUCCCCAGUACUCCGUGACGUGCCUGCGAACCAAAGUGGCCUUGGCGACAGUCCAGAAAUAAAGGGGCUGAUCGAGAA